AUGAGUGACCGUUCCGACUGGUGGCGAGUGCAAGGAGUCCCUGUACGGACGCAAAUACAUCCAGGUGGAGGACGUUCCCCACUGCAUCCCCUGCUAUGACCGCCUGUAUGCCAACACAUGUCAGGAGUGCAAGGAGCUCAUCGCACACAACGCACGGGUAAGCAUAUGCAAGGGCCUAUGGUCUGAGUUAAGCAUAUAUGUGUGUGUGGUGUGUGUGUGUGUGUGUGUGUGUGUGUGUGUGUGUGUGUGUGUGUGUGUGUGUGUGUGUUUACUUGUGGCUAGUGGGUGUUUUCUGUUUUCUGCCUACACUUCUGUCUAUGUGCAGUCUCUUCUGAGGUUUUCACUUCUGUGUGUGUGUGUGUGUAUGUAUGUGUGUAUGUGUGUGUGUGUUGUGUGUGUGUGUAUGUGUGUAUGUGUGUGUAUUUGUCCUUGUCCAUGUGUUCGUCUAUAGUGGCUUCUAAAGAAUAGAUUUUGGAACAAUUCAAAUAAAAUACAAACAAGGUUAUUCACAACCGUCAAAAAACUGGAUGUAAUGUAAUGUUAUUGAGAAUAAAGAACAGGACCUAAUGUUUUUGGAAAACAUAACUUUCCUGCACUUUGUCGAAUACGAAGAUGUCUGCAAAUCCCCUUUGAGCUCCUCCAGCCAGACAUUAAAACACAGGGCUGAAGGGAAAACCCUUAGGCGCCACGGGGCAAGGGUAACCCCUGAGUUAUGGACUCCCUUUGGAGGGACUAGCAGGAAAUCAAAGUUCUGUUAGCUUUGGCCCUUCUCCUCCUCCUCACAAAACUCACAGCCCUCAUCCUUCUCUGUCCCAUUCCCUGUACUGGUUCUGUAAAAACCCACGCACGUGUUAGAUCUAAUGGAUUAUUAUAUAUAGUUUCCACCCAGAACAUAAUGUGAGACAUUAAUCAUGCGAUGUGUGUUAACAGUGUUUGCUUGCACUACGGUUGACCUGGAACAUAAGCAGUUAGGGGCACUGUUUCAAUAUUUACUCAAAUGGUUUAUAUUGAAGUUAGAGUUAUUCCGUAAAACCUCCUUAUUAACAGAUCUAAUCUAGCUCAUUGUCAGAUUAACAUAAAUGAUUAAUGUGAAUCAGAGGAGGCUGGUGGGCGGAGAUAUAGAAGGACGGGCUCAUUGUAAUGGAAUGGAAGGAAUGGAAAGGUAUGGAACACAUCAAAAUGGUUACCAUGCGUUACCAUGCGUUACCAUGCGUUACCAUGCGUUACCAUGCGUUUGAUACCUUUCCACUUAUUCCAUUCCAGCUAUUACAAUGAGCCCGACCUCCGAUAUCUCCUGCCCACCAGCCACAGCUAAUGUGAUCUUUCAAUCCCAAUUUUCCCAGACUCUAAUGCUGUGUUCAUAACCAAGUGGGAAGGUGGUAAUUACCAGUUGUAAAGUCAUAAAUGCCAGUUGGAUGCAUUCACAUGCUUUGAACUCGUUGAGAAACGCCGAUAGGCUAAUGGCCAACAAGAUGCAUCAACGAUAAACUAAAUGUACAGCUAUCAUGGUUGUAAACAAAUUAUAAUGUUAAAAAACAUAUGAAUAGUUUGCUUUUUAUAAAUAAUGUUUUUUUUUUGUUGCAUUUAACUGCCGAAAAUGCUGUUAUCGAGGUCAUUUCCUUAGUGGGUGAUGUCAGAGGUCAGCAUGUGCGAGAAGUUGGAGCUCAGAGAUGAUAGACGAGUUUCCCACCAGUAAUAACCAGUUGGAGGGACGUGCAGGUGGAUUUGUCCCAGUCGUAUCUGUUAAAUACCCACUUGGUUAUGAACUCAGCAUUACCCUGUCCCUGCCUUGACCCAUCACCUCUCUCCCUCUCCAGGAGCUGUUCUACGAGGACCGGCACUACCACCAACACUGUUUCCGUUGUUUCCGCUGUGACCGCUCGCUGGCGGACGAGCCCUUCACCAGCCAGGAGGAGGCGCUGCUGUGCAACGACUGCUACUGCAACGAGUUCUCCUCCAAGUGUGUGGCCUGCGACAGGACCGUCAUGCCAGGUAAAGGACCCACACCUGAUACUGAUUCCCUUGAGUAGGGGGAGGUACCCUCAAGCAGAAACAUCGAAACUCCCCAAAAAACGUGCGGGAUACAUGACAACACACUUUCACCCUACUGUGCUGAGCUGAGCUGGUGUUUAACACCUGGGGAAACCACUGUCAUGAGUAUUGAGUAAAGCAGCUCUGUCUCAGUCAGCGUCACGCAAGUGUAGACAUAGGAGUUCUCACAAGCAGUCGCGGAAGGCAUAGCCCUAUGGGCCCUUGUCAAAAGUAGUGCACUACAAAGGGAAUAUGGGGCCAUUUGGGAAGCAGCAAUAAAACGUCUAAUGUAUUCUUGUGGUUGAGCAUGGUGUGACACAGCUUAGAUGUGAGUGUGAUUGUCUGCUCGCUGACUGAAAGUAAAGUCUCAGUUGAAUUCUGUCCCCAGGGUCUUUGGGACGGCAUGGCAGCGUUACACCACCAGCAGGGACUGGAAAUGACACAGGCUUCAAUCUGGACAGGGCAGGUUGGGGGGUAUUUCUCCAUGGCUUCUGCUGAACUGAGCACUGAGUAGUCGUUUUGUCGGGUUUCUGUGGUCGAACGCAGUUAAACGCUACACUGCCCCCUCGCCCCUCUUAAAAAUGCAGCCAAUUGCGAUUCCACUGGCCGACCUCCCCACGGGCGCAUUUCAGGUCCCAGAGCUCGUAAAACAAUGAUUAAGACAUCUGAUGUUCAUUUUCAUAGGCAUGGCUUUUUUAUUUUGGCUACUUUUAAUUCCUACUUGGAGGAAGUGUUUAUUUGUGGAAGACGCUUAAAGUCAAAAGUUUGAAUAAAGUAUGAAUAAUAUUACAGUCAAGAAUGCCUGUGUGGUGUUAUAGCAAGUCUGGGCUGAAUGGCUUUAUGUAAGCAGAGAUGACUGGAAUGAAUGGCUUUUGUAAGCAGAGAUGACUGGGCUAGAUGGCUUUAUGUAAGCAGGGGAUGAUGAAUGAAUGGCUUUAUGUAAGCAGAGAUGACGGGCGGAAGGCUUUAUGUAAGCAGAGAUGACUGGGAUAGAGGGGUUUAUGUACGCAGAGAGACUGGGCUAGAUGGCUUUAUGUAAGCAGAGAUGGAUGGAAUGAAUGGCUUUAUGUAAGCAGAGUGACUGGGAUAGAUGGCUUUAUGUAAGAGAGAUGACUUUGGAAUGAAUGGCUUUAUGUAAGCAGAGAUGACUGGGAUGAAUGGCUUUAUGUAAGCAGAGAUGACUGGGCUAGAUGGCUUUAUGUAAGCAGAGAUGACUGGAUAGAUGGCUUUAUGUAAGCAGAGAUGACUGGGAUAGAUGGCUUUAUGUAAGCAGAGAUACUGGGCUUAGUUUAGUCAGGAUGACUGGGAAGAUGGCUUAUAGAAAAUAUGGGAUAAUGGCUUUAUGUAAGCAGAGAUGACUGGAAUGAAUGGCUUUAUGUAAGAGGAUGACUGGGAUAGAUGGCGUUAUUGCAGAAUGACUGGAUAAGGCUUAUGUAAGCAGAGAUGACUGGGCUGAAUGGUUUAUAAGCAGAGAUGACUGGGCUAGAUGGCUUUAUGUAAGCAGAGAUGACUGGGCUGAAUGGCUUUAUGUAAGCAGAGAUGACUGGGCUGAAUGGCUUUAUGUAAACAGAGAUGAUGGGAUAGAUGGCUUUAUGUAAGCAGAGAUGACUUGGCUAAUGGCUUUAUGUAAGCAGGAUGACUGGGCUAGAUGCUUAUGUAAGCAGAGAUGACUGGGAUAGAUGGCUGAUGUAAGCAGAGAUGACUGGAUAGAUGGUUAUGUAAGCAGAGAUGACUGGGAUAGAUGGCUUUAUGUAAGCAGAGAUGACUGGGAUAGAUGGCUUUAUGUAAGCAGAGAUGACUGGGAUAGAUGGCUUUAUGUAAGCAGAGAUGACUGGGCUAGAUGGCUUUAUGUAAGCAGAGAUGACUGGAAUGAAUGGCUUUAUGUAAGCAGAGAUGACUGGAAUAGAUGGCUUUAUGUAAGCAGAGAUGACUGGGAUAGAUGGCUUAUGUAAGCAGAAAAUUGACUGGGAUAGAUGGCUUUAUUAAGCAGAAUGACUGGGAUAGAUGGCUUUAUGUAAGCAGAGAUGAUGGGCUAAUGGCUUUAUGUAAGCGAGAUGACUGGGAUAGAUGCUUUAUGUAAGCAGAGAUGACUGGGAUAGAUGGCUUUAUGUAAGCAGAGAUGACUGGGAUAGAUGGCUUUAUGUAAGCAGAGAUGACUGGGCUAGAUGGCUUUAUGUAAGCAGAGAUGACUGGGAUAGAUGGCUUUAUGUAAGCAGAGAUGACGGGGGCUAAAAUUGGCUUUAGAAAGCAGAGAUGACGGGGUAGAUGGUUUUUGUAAGCAAAAGUGACGGGAAGUUUGGCUUUUGAGAAGAGAAUGACUGGGUAGAUGGCUUUAUGAAAGCGGAUGACUGGGUGAUAGAGAGGCCCAUGUAAGCAGAGAGACGGGGUUAAAUGGUUUUAUGUAAGGGCGGAUGACUGGGUAAGAGGGGCUUUAUGUAAGCAGAGGGGGUUUGGGCUGAAUCUUUGAAAAGCAGAGAGGGGAAUGGGUAGAUGGCUUUAGGGAAAGCAGAGAGGACGGGUAAAAGGGUUUAGUAAGCAGAGAUGAGGGGAUAGUGGUUUUUAUUAAGCAGAGUUUGAGGGGUAAAGGGUUUUAUGUAAGCAGAGAUGACGGGAUAGAUGGCUUAGAAACCCCGGUUUGACGGGAUAGAGGGCUUUAGUAAGCAAAAGGGGCCCAGAGGGGGGUUGGGGGGGGGGGCUUUAUGAAGCAGAGAUAUGGGUGAAAUGGUUUUAAAUUUUUUGGGGUUUUGAAAGCAGAGAUAAAUGGGGUUUGGGGCUUUUUUGUAACAGGAUGACGGGUAAAUUUUCGGAUGUAAGCAAAAUGACGGGAUGAUGGCUUUAUGAAAAAGGUUCAAGGUUAGUAAGAAGUUAAAUUUGGUUUGGAAAAAGGGAAAAAUUUAAACUUUAUUUAACCGGUGAGGGUAUUACUUAGGCCAAAGGGGUUUUUUAAGAUGGGGCCCCGAAGGGAAUGAGGGGAAAAUUCUUUUUAAAAUACAAAUCAAAAAUAUUAAAUCCUUUUUAAAGCAGAAAGAAAAAACAAGUCAUAAAAAAAAAAAAUUUCGGGUUUUAAGAAUUUAAGGUUUUUUUUUUAACCACCUUUAGAAGGGGUCAAAUUUGGGGGCGGGUUUAUUAAAAAACCCAAAAAAUUAAAAAAAAUUAAAAAAAAAACACAAAAAUUUAAAUUGGGAAAAAAAAACCCCAGUUCAAACCUUAAUAAAAAAUUUAAUCCCCAAAACCGCUGAUGGGCUCAAAUUUUGGGAACUCGGGUUUCAUUUUCCCCCUCCUUCUAAAGGGAAAAAAGAGGGGGAAAAAGGGGAGAGAGAUGAGGAAUUUAAAAACCGGGGGGGAUAGCCAAGGGGGAGGAGAGGUGUUAUGGGAUACCCGAGGUUUUAAAAUUAUGAAAGGAAAGGGGGAUAAAAAAAAAAAGGGGCGCACAAGGGGAGAGAGGGAAGGGGGGCAAUUUCAAACCCCAACCCAAAAAAAAAAAGGGGGGCCCAAAACCCCCAAAAACCCCGGGGGGCCCCAGGCAGGGGGGGGAAACGGGAACCCAACCCAAAAGCAAAGGAAAAAAUAAUGGAAAAAAAAUUUUUUUAAAUGGAAAAUUCAAUUUAAAUUAACAAAAAACCGGGGAACUGAAUUUUCCCAAAAGCCCAAAGUUUUUUUAAAUUUUAAAAGUAUAAUAUUAAGUUUUUUGUAAACAAAAAUUUGAAAUAAAAUUUUAAAAAAAAAUAAACAUAAAAAAUUUUUUUAAAAUGGGUUGCUUACUUGGGUUUUUUCCCGGUAAAAGGGUUUAAAUUUCAGUUUUGGGGGAAAAAAUUUUGGGGGGAAAAAGUAAGACCAGGGAAAUUUUAAAAUAAAAGGGGGGAAAAGGUGGUUUUUACGGGCCCCUUUUCGGGUGAAAUGGGGGGCACCAAAUUUAAAAGGGGUAGGACAUGGGUUUUUUUAUAAAUGGGGAAAUUUAAAAAGGGGGGUUUGGUUUUUUUUAAUUAUUUGUGUGGUUUUUGGGUGUAAUCGGGGGAAAAAAUAUGGGUCUUAAUAUGUUUCUUUACUUUUGGCCCCGGGGGGGAGGUUAGGAAGGGAACUAAGUUUCCCCUCUUUUUGGGGGGCAGGGGUGCAAAUAGCCUGUUUCUUUUGGGAGAGCCGGGGGUUUUUUCCCCUAGGGCCUUUUUCAAAGAAAGGCAUGCUCACGGUUUGGUCCCAAUAUUUCCAAAGCUUUCCUUAAUUUUGGGGUCAGUCCCCAUGGGUCAGGUUUCUCCAGUGUACUCUCGGGGAGGGCCCCCAAAUAGCAUUCUAGUUUGUUGUUUUUUUUUUUGUUCUUUCCAAUGGGGUCAAGUAAUUUUUUUUUUUUCUUUUCUCAUGUUUUUUGGGUUUGGGUUUUCCUAAUUGUGGGUUUUGGGGGUUUGUUUCCUGGGGACUCUUUUUGGGUUUUGUGUUUGUGAGAGACCCCCGGGCCCAAAAGCUACUAGGGGGGGGACUUUUCCCCCAAUUUUCAUUCUUUUUUGGUUUGAUGGCUUUUUUAUGGAAGGUUUGGGAAUUGUUUUCCUUUUAAGUGGUUUUUUAAAAAUUUUUAAAGGGCCCUUUUUUCGGGGGAUUUUGUUUUAAUUAGGGGGGUUUUGGGGGGGAAAAUUAGGGCCCCCUUAAAUUGGCCCUUAUUUUUGGUUUUGUUUUUACUUUUUCCCACAGAGGAUUUUUUUGGCAAAAUUUCCCUGCAGCGGAGUUCCCAAAUUUUGGGGGUUUGUCCCUUUUGUAAAAAUUUUUGGGUUUGGGUGGGGCGGGCCCCCAAAGGACCUCAAACCCCUAAAGGGCAAGGGUUUCUAUAACGUUUAAAGUAUUUUUAGCCAGAUCCUAAAAUGGUUGGAAAUUUUUUUUCCAAAAAUUUUAUUUUCCUUUUGAUGGCAUAGAAGGGCCUUUUCCCCUUUUUUUCUCAGAUCUUUCCACAGCUUUGUGGAAUUCCCUGGGGGCCCUAAAUUUUUGGGGCCGGGUUGGUUUUGGGAUAGUUUUUUUGGUGUUAGGGAAACCCGUGUUAGAGGGAAAAUUUGUUUUUGUGGUCCGGAAAAAGGCCCCUUUUUGGGAAAACACCAUUUUUUUUAGUCUUACGGGAUUUAUGUCAGGGCCCAGGUCGACAAAAUUGUGAGAAAAAAUUAGGGGUGUUUGGGCCCUCCUUGGAGGGGGACAAAAAGCCCCAGAUCAUCAGAAAAAACAGUAGACUUUUAAAUUCAGUUUCUAGUAGGGUGAGGCCGGGGGUGCGGGACUGUUUAGUGCCCCCCCAAAAAUCGUUGAUUAUAUGUUAAAGGGAGGGGGGGGGGCUUUAAAAUGCAUCCCUGUCUCCCCCCACGGUUUUGGUGGAAAAAAAGGUGUUUUUUUUUGCCAAAUUUAAGCCCCAUUUGGGUUGGGUUUGUACAGGGUUUUUUAAAAUGUUGUAUUUUUUCCCCCCAAACCCCAAAAUUUCCUCAAUUUGUUAGCACCCCCUCAUCCAAAUUGAGCCCAAAAGGUUUUUUUAAAAAUCAACAAAGAAUGGGGAAGACUUUCCCUUUUUUUGGGUUUUGUUUGUUUGUAAAUUAGGGUGUGCGGGGUUUGGUUUUAAAGGGGGGUUUUGUGUACGGUUUAAUUUGGAAAAAAAACCCAAAUUUUGGACAUUUGCCCCAGCCCGGGGGUUUUAAUGGGGAAAAAAGGAAAUAAAAUAGUCCCCUGUUAAUGAUAAUCAGAGGGUUUUUCCCCAAAGGGUUUGUGUUGACGUUUUUAUCCCCGGGUUUUAAUUAUUGGGUAAAAUUUGUCUAAAUUUUUUGGGUUUGGGGGUUCAUUUCCUUGGUUCCAAAUGGGGGGGGAAAGAUGCCAAAAGCAAAGGAUGAUGUUAAAGAGUUUAAUAUAGUUUUAAUUAAAAUUUUGGUCUUUAUAUUUUAUCUUUUUCAUGGGAUACCAUAAACCCCAAAGGGCCUUUUGGGUGGGGGUUUUGGGUAUUUUUUUCCCGAAAGUUCUUUCAAGGAAAAAUUGGAGAACCCAGGGGGUUUUGGGGUUUGCCUUUAAUAUUUGGGUUUCUAAGAUUUGAUUUGCCCUUAUUUUUUUUGGGUUGUUUUUGUUCUUUGUUAUAGGGCCAAAAAGAUUGGAAAAAGGGGGGUUUAAACCCCUCAUCUCCGUUUUGGAUAGAAGCUAGUUUUUUGUUGUUUGUUUAGGGUUUUUUAAUUUUCCCCGAAGUGGUUUUGGGGUCUAUGGAUUUUUCCCCCUUACAUGGGGUUAUUUUGGGCAUUGGAUUUUUCUUUUUCCCCUAGUGUUUUCUGAUUGUUUUAUGAUUUCACUAGUGAAGGCGGAGGGUUCCAAAAUUUGGGGGCUCUAUGUUUUGGUUGGAUUUGGUUCUUUUCUUCUUUGGGUUUUUGCAUUCCUUUAUCAAAAACCUUUAUCACUGUUUUUUGAAAUUUUUUCUUUGGUUUUUGUUAAAAAGGGUUUUUAGAUUUGAUAGGGAAAACUGAGAGGUCAAAAUAAGUUUAGGUUUUUUUCUGCCAAGUUUUUACCCUUUUGUCCAAAGGAAAUUGUUUUUUGAAGGGAUUUUAAUUUUUUGGUUUCCAAAUUUUUUUUUGGGAGGUUUCAAAAUACUUUCUUUCCAUCUUAGCAUUUAAUAUUUUCAGUUGGUUUGUGUCGGUUUUGCCCGGGGGGGGGUAUGGGGGAAAAGGAAAGCUGGUCACUCCAGGUAGGGUAGGGGUUUGUCCCCCGGUGCCGAUUUAUGUCAGGUUUGGUUUCAGUUUGGCCCUUUAGGGGCACAGACCCAGUAAUGUUUCCGGGUCUGGAAAUGAGGGUUUUCCCCCCCAGGAUGGAGAAAACUUUUAUUAAAAAUAAAGGGGGGUUUAAUGGGGGGGGGAUAUUUUUGGGGUUUUGGAACACAGGAGGGGCAUUUUUUUGUUGAGAUAAAUUUUCCCUUUUAAAAUUUUUUAAAAAAAAAUGUAAAAGGGGGCCGUUUUGGGUUAAUUUAAAAAGAGUGAGUUAGGGUUUUGCUUAUACAAAAAUUUGCAUCCCCCCCCAGUCCCUUCCCUUUCACACUGGUUUGUUUGGGGGAGGGGGCUACCAGCUCUUGGGGAAAAUAGAGGGGAAAAAGUGGGGCGUCCCCUAACCCCGGUUUUUUGGGAGGUGGGAAAAUGUCUGUAAUUUUUCCCAUAUUCCAGGAGAAAUGUAAAGUGGUUCCCCAAAAAUGUUUAAUGGGGUUGGGAGGAUGGGGGGGAAGGAAGGGAAAAAGAGGGGAAGGAAAAAUUAAAAGAAGGGAGAGAGAUAGGUAGAAAAGAGAAAAGGAAAAACCCUGACAAAAAACUAAAAUUUUUUUCCCCUCUCUCCCUUAUUUUCUUCUAUUUUAUCUUCCAUCUUUUCUCUCUUUUCCCCUCUCUCUCUUUCUUACCCGGCUCAAAAAAAGUUGGAGUAGAAGGGGGCUUGCCUGGCCCCGAGGAAGGGUUGUGUGCCAUGGGUGGUGAGAAAAAACCCAUCGGGGGGCCCCGGUUCCCUUUAUCCCCACAAAGACGCUACACUGUGUUUCCCUGCUACGGGGCAGGUUCGCCCCGCGAUGCAAACCAAAUGAAAAAAAAGGGGACCAGGGUCCCUCGAAUCAACAUUAUCCCGUCCCCUGUUAUUUUAUGUUCCCCACAGUAGUGCUAGGAUUUUGUUUAAAAACCCCCUUUCCAUGUAGUCAGUGAGGCUGAUGGGUAUGUUUCCUCCGUAGGCGCUGGCGGCAGGGGGUGUGAGCUACAAGGACGAGACGUGGCACAAGGAGUGUUUGGUGUGCACGGGCUGCAAGAGCCCACUGGCCGGCCAACCCUUCACCUCCCAGGGAGACACACCCUACUGCGUCAAGUGCUUCAGCAACCUCUACGCACAUAAGUGUGCCACCUGCAACUCGCCCAUCACAGGUCAUGGAUUCUCCAUUUGACUAAAUAAUAUGGCUUGAUUGGACACACCCAAAUGGCACCCUAGUCUCUCAAUACUGCACUUACAUUGUGGGACUAAGUACCAGCCCAGGCAAAGACACCCUGCAUGCCAGAGCACAGACAUACUAGAAAUAUACUGGUAGAGCCUGUGGCUGUUUUAGAAUGCCAGUGUUUCAAUUGAACACAGAGAACUGGUAUUGCAGCCAACCAUAGAAUUACCCACAGAACUUUCAUGUUAAGAAUGUAAUUUUGAGUUGAGUAAUGUCUCUCUUACUGCCCACCUGUCAAUCCAGGUGAGAGUCAAAGUUCUCUAUGUAGACAUGGGCUCUGGUCAAAAGUAGUGCACUAUUCUGGAUAUAGGGUGCCAUUUGGGAUGCCCACGUAUGCUACUAUAGAUGCUAACAAGAGUGUUUUAUUCCCUCCAGGGUUUGGCGAGGGGAAGUACAUUUCUUUCCAGGAUCGGCAGUGGCACCAGCCCUGCUUCAAGUGUUCCCACUGCUCCGUCUCUCUGGUUGGGUCCGGCUUCUUCCCCGACCGGGACCAGAUCCUGUGUGGAGACUGCAACAACGACCAAGAAGACCAAUGA